AUUUCAAAGGUGUAUUAUUAAAGAAUGUAAAUGAUUUAUGUUCGUUUGAGUGUAACGAAUAAGAGCAUAACUUUGUAUAAACUAAGAUAGAUUUAAAAACUUGAAUUGUUACCAAUAAGAUAUAACCUAGACGGAUAUAUGUACAACCGCAGACUCGGAUAUAAAAUGUUUGCACAUUUCUGCUUUGUAGGAAUUGUUUUUUGUAUUAAGAAUGCGGCUUGUGAUUCAGGUAAUGUUGAGCCGGGUCAAUGUGUGUCGAGAUUUGAUUAUGAUUAUAAAGUGCUGGAGAAAUUAUCUCAGUUUGAAAGAGAAAUUAAGGAGCUAAAGCAAAAGGACAUGUGUGAAGAUAGUCAAAAGGUUGCGUUUAUGGCACAGCUAUCAGGUACGCUCAUUAACCCGGCAGUGAAUACUGUAGUUGUUUUUGAUAGAGUCAGUACAAAUGCUGGAAAUGGAUACAAUUCUGGAUCAGGAAUGUUUGUCGCCCCAGUGAAAGGCUUAUACAGCAUACAUCUAGUUGCAAGCUCAAGAUCAAAAGCAACAACCAAUUAUCUUCAUCUGUACAUUAUGCACAAUUCCUCUCAAGUUGGUUAUAUUUUCCUUGACCAGAAUUCUGACUACUCACUGAUGAGAUCAACCGCUAUCAUACUUCAACUUAGCAUUGGCGACACGGUGUUUGUUAAGAUCGGAAACACAGGAGCAAGGGGCCACCUGGUAGGCUGUUGUUUCCAUACGGUUUUCAGUGGAUUUUUAAUCAAUUGACGUUUUCUCGAUUAUAAGCAAUCAAACAGACUAUGUCACAAUACAGACUAUUGUAAGAUGUAAUACAAAGUUGUUGACGAAUAUGCUUCAAUUAAGAAAAAUAAUAUGAAAUAUAAACGUGGAAAAACUGUGCCCUAUAAGAGCUUAAUUUGCAAACAACUCUGCGUUUGAGAAAUACCUUAUGGUAUAAUUGAUUUCUGACAGCAAAAAGUAAUUGAUACAUAACAUUCAUGGAAACAAUCAAUAUUCAAUUGGAGUAAUAGUCGUUUUGUUUAGAAUAAUUAGAAUAAAACUUUUUUUAUGAUUUACCAAUAAAACUCACUAAAAACAGAAACUCAUUUAUUUUUUCUCAGGACCACCGUUAGUUAAAACCUUUUUAUGUUUUUGAGAGCAUUACUGAUUUAUCCGUGAACAUUUUAUUUGAUAAUUUCACAGUUCUACCGUUCUACCUUUAGUGUUUGUAUAAGCUCAAGGAUAUAUGCUGCUAUAGGUAUAUUUUAAUUCCCGAGUCCCAAGCUCAAAUUCCCUGAAAAUAUUCAUCGCUUCAAUGAGUUUACUAUUCGGCAGGAUAACGCCCUGAUAAAGUCACUUACUCUUUGUCUCAUAGCAUGGAAAA